GCUCGUGCUGGUGGUAUCGCGUGCUGGGUCACUCGAACGGUGCAUUCGCCAACGGUGGUACACGCGUCCGCAGGUGUGCGCGAGGAUUCGUGCCCCCCGAAAUUCUCCGUCCUCGCAGGAAAUAAUUCUGCAUCGACUUCGUCUUCCUUUUCCGCGAGAAGAUCGUAUCUAGUCGCGAUACAUCGGCGACUAUCUUAUCGCCGACAGGAGACAGCGAGAGAGGAGAAAGGAAGAGAGGUGUAGUCCGCCUUGCGGCGUUACUGCGAGUGUUACGUAAUCGUCGCGAUCGACCGGUAUAAUGAAGUCGAAGACGAGCGAGAAUUUUAUUGCGAGUGAAAGUAACGGGGUCAAGAGGGACCAGGAACUCAAGCAGAAACAGCUGAAGAAGGGUAAAACGUUCUGCCAGUCUUGCAAGAAGAAGUGCAGCGGGGAGGUGCUACGAGUGCAGGACAAGUAUUUCCACAUAGGGUGUUUCAAGUGCGCUCAGUGCAACGCGAGCUUGGCGCAGGGUGGCUUUUUCGCGCGCGAGGGCUCUUACUACUGCACCAAGGAUUACCGGGAACGCUGGGGGACCAAGUGUGCAGGCUGCGGCGAGUACGUGGAGGGCGACGUGGUCACUGCCGGAGACAAGCACGCCUUCCAUCCCAACUGUUUCCACUGUCAGCGAUGCAGGCAGCCGUUGCUCGGCCAGGGCACUAAGGUGUCCCUCGUUCAAGGUCAAGCUCUGUGUCACCGAUGCGUCGGUAUUCCGGUUCGAGAGGCCUCCACGCCGGUCGGCAAUAGCACCGCCACCAGAGGAUCCGGAGACGGGCCGGCUGACCCUGGUGCCUGCGCUGGUUGCGGAAACCAAUUACAGGAAGGUCAGGCUUUGGUCGCUCUUGAUCGCCAGUGGCACGUAUGGUGCUUCAAGUGUCAUAGCUGCGACACUGUCCUCCACGGAGAAUACAUGGGAAAGGACGGGGUGCCUUACUGCGAGAAGGAUUACCAGAAGCAGUUCGGCGUGAAAUGUGCCUACUGCAACCGUUAUAUCAGCGGUAAGGUGCUGCAAGCCGGGGACAAUCAUCAUUUCCACCCGACCUGUGCCCGCUGCACCAAGUGCGGCGACCCCUUCGGUGACGGCGAGGAAAUGUACUUGCAGGGCGCGGCCAUUUGGCACCCCCGUUGCGGGCCGGGUCCCAACGGGCCCAACGGCAUAGUGAACGGCCACGGGGAGGCUCACACGCCUCAGCAUCGAGAGUCCGAGCGAAUUUCCAGCAGCGCUUCGGAGAUGCAGUUUUCAUUGCGGUCACGCACGCCAAGCCUGAACGGAUCACUCUGCAGCCCUUACAGCAGCCUCAGUCGCAAGUAUUACCCCGCGCGAACUGGCAGUCCUGGACUGAUAUUGCGAGAGUACGGACGUGGUCCAUCCGAAGACGUGUCUAGGAUUUAUACUUACUCGUACUUGACCGAAACGCCGAGCCAGGGGUACUUGAGACGUCCGAUACAGCCGUACGACAAACCUCCGACUAGCCCACACUUUCAUAGACCUAGCUCGUCACGUUCGAUAAGAAGCAGUGGCGGACGCAGUAGCCGAUCUGGAAUGCGUGCUCUGGUCGAUGCUCUCAGCGAGACCAGACCGAAGUCACCGGCCAGUCAAGUAGAUAAUGACGAGCCAAUAGAGCUGGCGCAUUAUCCGGACGCCAUGAAGCCUCCUCCUGGUACCAAACCGCCGAUCGAGAGAGACGAUUUCCCUGCUCCGCCUUAUCCUUACACAGAUCCCGAGAGACGUAGACGGUGGUCCGACACUUAUAAGUGUGUACCUGUGUCCGACGACGAGGACGAAGUGGACAACAAGACGUAUAUAAAAGAGGUGGAGGAGAAGCUGAAAAAGGAACAGGACGAGCUGAGCAAAAUCGACACUGGGAUAGCGAAGGUGUUCUUGCAGGAUCGCGAGAAGGAUCGGGAGAACCUGAGACACAAGGCCGCCAACGUGGAUCCUAGAAACGCAUCGAGAACACCAUCCGCUGCCAGGGAACCGACUUACAGAUUGCGAUACGAGAGUCCAGUUGGCGCUUCGCCAUCUAGAAAUAUAGAUCAUGCCAGGCCGUGGGAAGACGACGAUGGUUUUAGUUACAGAUCCAGCGUAGGACCCAGUUACAACGUUGGGAGGUCAUCGGCACGUUCCCCGGCUCCCAGAAACUAUCCACCCCUUGGUACUCAACGCGCCUUCACUCUUCCAAACGCCGCUAGGCACUAUCAUUCGGUGAUUGUGAGCUCCCUUCGGCACAUCCCGAAGCCAGGGUACGGUCUGGCACCGCGAAGUCACACCUUCUCCUCGACCGGCGGUUCUGUAUCUGCUCUCCCUGGUGAUUAUUCGUUCAGUGGGAUGGGAGACAAGACGCACAGCACUGAUUUCUCGUCUGGCAAAUCAGAUAUAUCGACAGGCAGCAUCACGGAUGUGGAUCGACGGGCAUUGAAUGAUGGUGGAAUGCUGCCAUCAUCUACCACGUAUACAGGUGGCCUAGGUUCGGUAGUCGGAAGCCACGGGGGCCAUCACGUAAGGAGAUCACUGCCAGACAUGGGCACAACGCCGUCCGAACCGCCGAAACUCUAUCCUUACCACUUACUUGUUAUAACUAACUACAGGCUGCCCGCCGACGUGGAUCGUUGCAACCUCGAACGACACCUUUCCGACGCGGAAUUCGAGGCAGUUCUUCAAUUUUCCCGUGCCGAGUUCUACAGACUACCGCAAUGGCGCCGUAACGAAAUCAAAAGACGUGCCCGGCUAUUUUAACCGGCAACAAUCACGCUACGUGUUCUACUUAUUACCUUCAUCGUGUCACGACUGUGUUACCGUGCUAUAGAGUGUACAUUCCUUCGGCGUGGUAGGUGUAUCAUGAGAGAAAAGGGGAACACGUGUUCGAGGAACCAACGAUCCAUACCGGUUUUCGAUCGCGAACAUCGAUAUCGAAGCAUCGUCAUCGUA